AAUAUUUUUCUCCUAAACGUUUGAACAACAAAGACUAUAAAUGGCGAUAAGUAUGUGAUUAUUACGAUUAGAACUAUAUUUUCAACAACACUUCAAAAUGGCCUGUUGAAUGUUCUCUCUGUGGCAGUUAAUAUUGUUCUUCAUGGGGUUAUUUUCAAUUGCUUGGACUACAAUGAAUCAACACAUACUGUAGUAACUUUGAAGCAAUACUGUAGUCAAGUCACGUCAACUUUAUUUUUAUAGCACAUUUGAAAACAACGAGGCUUGACCAAAGUGCUGCACAAGCUAUGUAGACAAUGAGACAAAUAAAAUCCAGCAAUAUAUAAAUAACCACACAUAGACAGCGAGUUUAGCUAAAAACUAUAAAACAUACAAAAUAAAAUUAUUAUGCUUGUUCAGUCUUUGUUGAAUGCCAGUGAAAGAGGUAGGUUUUCAGCAACAGCAUUGUAUUGCAUUUCUUUUCAUUAAAAGCAAUUUCGUUGCCUGUUUCAGAUUGUUGGGCUCAUUAGACUUUGGUCAGACUGCCUGAAUUAAUGCAGUUUUAUGCUACCACAAUAAGAACAUCAAGAUUAGGAUGAUAAGCAAAUACUGAUCAGUUGGCCUUUUGCAAAACAAGAUUAGCCUUUUGUGUUUUUGUGUGUAUCUUGAAAGGCACUGGUCUUGCAUUGCAUGACCAUUGUUGUCCUGAUCAAGAGGACGACCCAUCCGGAUAACGCAGAUGACAAAGAGGUCAGUUUGCAUUACAAAUGUUCCCAAACUAAAAUUACCAUAUGAGCCCCUUCUUGAUGCAUUUCCUUGGAGGAAGAAGGCUGCUAAAAAUGGCAGUUUCUCAAUCCAGUCUGCCAAGAUCCAGUUUGGAAAUGAGGAAUGUACAGUGGACUUGGGAAAUUUAUGAGUACAUAGAAUUAAACAAACAUAGCCUUCUAUAAUACAAACUGUCCAUUUGAACAGAAUGGUUUGAAUCACUUGAAGUUCAAUUUGUUGUUAUUGUUGCUUCUUUCUCCACCUGCAAAAUCUGUUUGAAGUAAUUAUUUAAAAAAAAAACCUUUCUAGUCCUGUACACUCAAGGCAAGCUAUUUUUAUUUAGGCCUCGUUCUCCCCUCCCCCCAAUCUCCCGUCUAUUAUCAACUCACCUGGCUGUGUGUCUGUGUGUUGUGCGGCCACACCCGGCUAGUCGGUAUUAACCAAUCAGCUUCUCCAAGAGCGUGAAACACCAAGGAGGUGUACUUCCUGUGUUUGGUGAGAGAAGAAUGGGCCAGGACGGUCUUAAACCGACGGCUUGAGUAUUUUUCUUCCAGGGGGUUUCACACUGCAGCUUGGUAGGCGAAGGGGAGGGAAGAGUGGACAAGACCCUGCAGACUUUUUGCUUGAUUUAUGAGAGAGCUGUUCAGUGAGAGCACAUACUUUAGAGGACAAGGCACGGGGGUGAAGGAGGUGGAGGAGGGGAAAAGAUAAGUGUCAAUCUGUUGAGACUUGCUUGGGAAUUUGAAGAAGGAAGGAGAGAGGUGGAGAGAGCAGCUAUCGAGAGUGGAAAGUGAGGAGAGCUCAGGCGUAAACAUUAGGCUUUUUCACCAGCGCUAGCUUCAUUUUGAAACACAUUUGGAAUGUAGCAAUAUGUCACCUAUGACAAUGUGAAAGCAGAGAAUGCAUACUUGUGUGUUGUGCAAUCCCAUGCUUGAGAGCUGAGCUGGACAAGGAGGCGGGAGAGGCCAGCUCUCCCCACAACUUCACAUUUAGGUUUUCCAAAUUAUGCUACCAUGGGGACCAAAAGGCCAAGCUGCACCCUCUUCGACUCUUUCUUAAACAUAAACACGCCUGACCGCAAGCUUCAGCCAGGUGGAAGACACUCCAUGGACCCCAGUCCCAGGCCAGCCAUGACUGCUCAGUCAGAGCGGGAAAGUAACCGAAAGGAAGAGUUACGGAGGGAUCGGGAACAGGAGAAAAUGAGAGACAAAUCCAGAUACAAAGAUACGGACCCACGGGAGAGGCACUAUGAGCGAGACAGAGGCCCCUCGUCCAGACCAUGGGAGGCUGAGCGGGAGUGGAGGGGCAAGAGGCAAGAGGAUGACAGGAGAAAUGGAAGGUUACUGUCUAAUGUGGAAAGGGAAUUUGAGAGGGAGAUGGAGCGGGGGAUGAAAAAAGGCGACACGUUUCCCAGGAUGCGAAGAAGAAGCGGUGAAAGGGAUGAAAGCCGUGAGCACAGGCGCCAAAGAGACAGACCAAGCAGGAUGGAGACAGACGGCAGGGAGCGGGAAAGAGAGCAAGUUUGGCUGAGGGAAAGGGGAAGAGAAAGCGACAAUGUCCGUAGACGGGCAAAAGAAGAUGGGAGAAACUAUGAGAAAUCCAGGCAAAGAUAUCAAGAGUCCAAUGCUGCUCUCCGAGACAACAGGAGAGACUUUGAAAUGGGAGGCAAAAGAACCAGGACACCAUCCCCACGCAGUCAGAGACAGAGGGAGAUUCAUCCGGAUAGGAAGGAGCGGGAGAGGACCCACAGGAGAGGUGGAGGGACGAGGAGUGAGGGAGACGACUACGAGCGGGAGAUGAGGCGGGACAGAGCAAGGGACAACAGAGAGCGAGACGAGUUGACAUAUCAACAUAGCAGAAGUGAGGGGGACAGCAAGAGCAGGGACCUGCAGGGACGCAGAGAAGCAGACAGAGCUAGGCGGGGGGAGGAGAGGGAGCCAUAUGGGGACGGGAGAGGAUGGUCGAGUGACAAGAAAGAGAAGGAGCGCCGCAGAGUGAAUGAGCCCAGGAAGGAAAGGCAAAGACAGGAAAGAGAGGCUGACCGUAGGUGGAAUGACACAACCCUCAAGGAGGCGGCCCCUAGGGCUCCGCCGAGAGCUCAGAGCAGCGGUGAGUGGAGCAGCGACAUGGACAAUGACACUAGACGCACGCCGGGCAGAGACAACUAUGAAGGGGAAGGGGCGAGCGAGCGGGAUGACAGGAAGAGUGCGCAGAGGGCAAAGAGAGAGCAAAGGAGAAGUGAGAAAGAGAUGGCAGCCACCGAGCAGAGACGGAUGUGGUUAGAACCACAGAGGAGCUAUAAUAGCAAAGAGUCCUCUGUGGAGGAUGACUUAGACAGAGAGCGGAAGGAAGAAGAAGAAAAAGAGGGAGAAGCACAGAGGGGACACGUUGAAAGUUGGAGACAUGAGCACAGGAGGGGCAAAGACAGAGAGGAGGUGAAUGUAGACCAAGGGGAGCAGGUCCAGGGGGAGUCAGAGAAGCGUGAAAAUGAAUGGAAGAUUGGAGGUAGCUGGAGGAGAGAUGCAGAGGACAACAGUGAGGAGAGUGACAGAGAGAACGAGGCCGGGAGCGAAGGAGGAAGUGAGGCAGGGUGGAGGCAAGACAGAGUGCCCUCGGCAGAGGACGGCUUUGUGACUGUAUCCAGUGGCGGAGACGAUGAGGACGAGCGAGAGGAGUUUGUGGACUGUCAGGACUUUUGGGAGGGCGGGGAUGCGAGCAACGCCCCUUCCUCUGAUGGGUGGACAAAGGAGGACUAUGCUAAUGAGGAGGAGCUAGAAGGGAGGGAAAAGAAGCCGAAGUACGUCUUCUGCGUGAUCGGGCAAACGCGAGCGAAGCCUGAUGGGAUGUCACCGUCACAAGCUGAGCGCAUGGACGACGAGGAAAGGGACAACCUCCUUUCAGAAAGUCUUCAUCAUAGCGGAGAUGAUGUCAGCCUGCAACCUCCACAUGACCUGCACCUGACACAGAGGAGGAGUGACGAAUACCUAUUGAACAGCAACAAGGAGGCUGACAGGGACAGCAACAAGUGUACGGAGACUCCUGCUGCUGGAUAUCUUCCAGACCAGGAUCCCAGAAUGAAAGCCAGGAAAGUGGAGCACCCCUAUGCUGAGAUUGGGCCCAUGAAAAGAGACUCUCGGACUGAAAAGCUCCUCAUGGAGUGGAGGGAGAGGAAUAAACAAAUGGCCGAGAGGGAUCGACACUCGCCUCUCCCGAGUAAUCCUUAUGCUGACGUUUACUCUCAGGUGACUUUUGAGCAAAUUCUCCCCGCCUUGGAAGGUAUUAAUAUUGAAGCCAUGAGCCCAGAGGAGAAGGAAGCCAUUCGGAUCCGAAUGAGCGGCGCCUGGAGCAUGUCUGAGGAGCCUAAGCGGCAUUCCCAAGCCCCACAUCUUAAGUGGGCUAAAAGUGUGGUGCGGGAGAUCCUUGGACACUCAGGGGAAGAUGUGAUAGAUGACCCCAGCUCAGGCGUACAAGGCCUCACCCAACCUGAGGAGAGCCAAGUGGACGAGGUCACACAGGAGACUGCGGAGAUGCAUUUCGAUAGCUCACACUCGGAGCAAGAGCCGGAGGACGAAGAGCCGGAGGUGGAAGGGUUGAGAGGUACGGGGCAGGGCCGACGACACAUGCAUGCUGACCAGCUCUCAGCCAUGCAUGCUGACACAUCUGCAUACACUCACUCUGACACAUUGCUAGACACUGAGAGGAAGGAGGAUCACAACCCGGAGACGGAUAAAGACACUGAGCCUGAUAUCCACUCUGAGGAGGUAGUCAUAGAUGUGAAAAUGACUGAGGAGACAGACGAUGAGGUUAAGAAAGCCGAGACAGAUAAAGAAGCAAGCAGACAGAAGGAAGUGGAGAUGUAUUUGUGUGUGAGCAACACGCUGUAUAAGCCUAGCAGCUGCCCCAUUCUCAACUAUGAGUCUCAGCCGGAUCUCCUCAUCCCCUCCACAGAGGGCCCUGAUGAUGAGGAGGAGGCAGAAGGAGAAGAAAAGCAGGAUGAGGGGAGUGAGUGUAGCUUAGAGUCAGAAUCUGACGGGGAUAGCGCAGACGGAGCAGAGCCGACGGCCAGAACACUGGGAGGUGGGACUCUAACGAGCACCUGCAGUUUCCGAGAUUUGGGUCCCCAGGCUCGUUUGAGGAGACGGGGGAUCCGUAAAACCACUGAGAGAAGAAACGAGGAGCUUGUAGAGGUGGAAGAGGAGGUGGAGGAGGAGGAAGGUGUUGCAAGGGAUCGCAGAACUCGAAUAUUCACUACAACAGACGAUGGGGAUGACCGCUGUAAAAGCUGGGGAGAGGUGGAGCUGAGGAAUGUUUUGGACACAAUCGGAAGACGAAGAAGGAACUCAAAGUUUUUCAAUGCGGCACAACUCUACCAGCAGUACAGCGAGGCGGCCCAGAACUUUGAGAUCCUGAGCCAGUCUCGCUCUUCCGAUGUCAUCUCGGUCAGUGAGGACAGUUCGGCCUCUCCGGCUCCGUCGCCGCCUCUGGCCCGCAGGCCUCUCCCGCUGCCCCCCGUCCCGCACCCCCACUCCUUGGCCCACACAGGCUCCAUCACCAGUGUCAGAAGUUUGCCUCUGCCGGAGCAGCCCAAGAAUGAGGGCAGACCUUCCUCCCCGCGGCUCUCCAUUUCGCUCACACAGUCGUCCACGCUGUGGCGAGAGCUGCCAGGUGUCAGGAACAGCAGCGAGCUGGAGGACCUCACGGAAGACGAGAGGCGCCUGCAGGAGGUGCGAUUUGAAGUGGUGACCUCUGAGGCGUCCUACUGCCGCAGUCUGGACAUCGUUGUCGAGCAUUUUGUUAAGUCCAAACAGCUGGGGGCGCUGUUGACCACCCAGGAUCGGAACUGGCUGUUUUCUCGUCUGGCUGACGUCCGUGCCAUCAGCCACAGCUUCUUAUCAAAGCUGGAGGAGCGUCUCGAGUCGGACAUCAUGCACUUUACAGUGUGUGACAUCAUUGCUCGCCAAUGUCAGCGCUUCAGGCUGGUUUAUGUACCCUACCUCACCAACCAGUCCUAUCAGGACACCACCUACCAGAGACUCAUGAAUGAGAAUCAAGGCUUCAAACGCAUUGUCGAAAAGUUAGAGAGGAGUCCCGUUUGUCAAAGACUUCCUCUUCGUUCCUUCCUCGUCCUGCCAUUCCAAAGAAUUACAAGAAUUAAGCUGCUGGUCCAGAACAUUGUGAAGAGAACAACCCCUGGUACUGCAGAUGCGAUGCAAGCCAUUAAAGCCCUGAAACUUCUAGAGAAGCUGAUCCAAGAAAGCAAUGACAGCAUCUCUCAAAUGAAAAGCAUUGAGUCAUUGGUGGCGCUAAGCUCGAAAGUGGACUUUGAGUGCAGGACUCUUCCUCUCGUCAGUCAAUCUCGGAGGUUGGUGCGAGAAGGACCAGUCACCGAACUGAUGGACUUUUCCCUAAAAGACACAGAGAGGAAUAUUUACAUGCACUUAUUCAACGACUACCUGCUGCUCUCACAACAAAAAGAAAGUGGGAGGUACACGGUGAUAGACCACGCCCCCGUGGCAGAACUGCGUGCGGAGAACUGCCGCGUCAAACUUCAUUCCCUGCAGAAGAAUCUGUUCAGGCUGCACAUGUCGCACAAGUCGCUGCUGCUGAGGACUGACACACAGAGUGAUAAGCUACGCUGGAUAUCUGCACUUUCCCGGCCUCAUGCUGAAAUUGAUUUUUCUUCCGCGCAAGAUUUCCCACAGAUGCAGUGUAUCAGAGCCUUCGUCGCCCAGCAGCCCGAUGAGAUGUCUUUAGAAAAAGCUGAUAUCAUACUGGUGCACCAGCAAAGCAGCGACCAUUGGGUAGAGGGCACCAGACUGUCCGAUCGGCAUCGUGGAUGGGUGCAAGAGCUGCAUUUGGAGUUGAUUAGCAACUCCAGAGUCCAACAGCGCAACCUAUCGGAUGCCCUCAAACUCACCACAGCCACAGCUGCAGUAUGAGCAGGACUAAAAAGCCACUCACAGACAUCCAGAUUGAAAUGAAAAGACUUCCCGAGCAUGAUAUGCUUCACAGCUCCAGCUGGACAGAGUGGAGAGUGAACAUCCACGUCUGCUAAUGGGGAUUUAUGCCCUGCAGAAAACCACAAUAUAUGCUGGCUUUGGAGCAAUGCAUACCUGAAUGAGGGCUCUUCACAAGUGUGUGCCUAUAAUAUGUGUUUUAAAGAGUAAAGCAUAUUGCAUUUGUAUAUUGAGUAGGAUGGAAAAUAUUACUUUAAGAUGAAUGUUUUACUGCAACAUGAGUCCCUGCAUGCAGGAGACCUGACUGGGUGCAACUUCUCACAUGUACAGAAUGUUUAGGUUACACAGUGAAUAUGUUUCAAUAAAUUCAGCACAUUUAAAUACUGUGCAUCAUACUGAAGGUUUUUUUGUCAUGGCUAUUAUGUGAUCCAGUACAAUAACUGGAUCAGAAAUGCCUUUACAAAGAUUUGUUGCAAUACUGUACAGUCACACCAAUAAACAUGAGCCACAAGAUUCAUGAUA